CUCCCCAGCCAGCCGCCCUUUCCCUCCUCUCCUAAUUUCGGGCGGUCGGAUCCCGGGUCCGGGCUCUUAAUUUCGAUCGAAUCCGAGCAGGGCCGGCCUUGCGUCUCAAAGGAUUUUGUUGGAAGCAGACCCAGGCCCGGCAAGAACCAGGCCCGACCCGACAUGUGCUUCAGGUCUGGUGAAGAAAAGGAGGAGACGGUGGUUGCGGAGAGCUCGGACGCGAAACGUUUGACGACGCCCGAAGGAGCUGCUCCCCGGCGGCGGCAUCGAGGAGAAAAACCCCAAACGGUUGAGGUGGGAGACAUGGAGCCGGCGAAGACCGCGACGGCGAAUGGCAAGAACCGGAAUCACCCUUUCCCAUGGCUGAAUCUGCUGGUGACGGAGCCCUUCUACCUCCUCCACUUCCUCGCUUUCUUCUCCUACUUCGUUGUCCGCAGCUCCGUCCCUCAGACUAUCUCGUCGGAUCUAUCCCAUCUUCUCCUCCGUCGGGAGAUGCAAGCGAUCCUUACGUUCUUGGUGCUGGUAUCAGUAAAGAUGGUCAAAGAGGAAACUUGGGAAGCAUUCAUUGCUGAUACCCUAUUCUACGCAAAGGGUUUUCUCUUUGCAGUUGCUUUAGUCAUCAACUAUCAUUUGGCUUUCUGUUAUUUGUUAGGGUUCAUAGUUAUAUAUGUUGUAUGUCAGCAACCACCUUAUGAUGGUUUAGGUGAUUCCAGUCAAUUGACUCCGUUGCAAUUGGAAAGCUUAUUAACUGAAGGAAAGACCUCGAGAUUUUGGUUGGUUGAAUUUCGGACUUUGUGCUCUUCAACAUGGAUACGCACGAGUCGUGUUUUUCCUGAGCUCUCCACCAUAUAUUCAAAUAAAAAUAUUUCUUUUGGAAUAGUUGAUAUCGGGCACUUCCCAAAUGCUGCAGAGACGUUUGGAGUAUCUCUGUGGGGUCCCUUUGACUUGGAUAUUGAUACACAGGUCAGCUUCCAACUUAUAUAUUAUUUGACAAUGCGGUGGAAGUUUCUCGAUUUCCAGAUUUCAAUAGUCCCAUGCCAACUAUUACCAAGACUGAAUGCAGUAGCAGGAGAUAAUAAGCUUUUUCAUGCAAUGGCACAAAAGAAGUGCAAGUCAUGAAGUUAAACUUAGAUGUUUCGUAUAAGACAGAGGGGAAGAAAAGAACCAAUUAUUUUCUUUGAGAAGUAUUUGGAAGUGUGCGAAAUAGUUUAGAAGGAAAUGAAAAGACUUCUGUGAUUCAAUAUCAAUGAAGUUAUGGAGAUUUCCCUUUCUUUUAAUAGGGCAAACUUUUUAUGUGGCUUUCAUUUCGAUUUCUUUCUUGAAUUUUCAGCAUUUUGAUAUCGUUAGUGAAGUCUUAUGACAAGUUUUGUUGCUAAGGUUAUGGAUGAGCUUAUUCUACAUCUA